GGCGCUCUCCGAGGCACGCGCGCGCGCACCCGCUCUCUGGCGCUGGGGAAAACGUUGCGCAGGUUCAAAAAUGGAACGUCGGCGGCGUGAGGGAGCACUAGGGGGUGUGCGCGCGUGCGCGUGCGCGCCCGGACGAGCCUGACGGGGUCCCCCGCCGUCCCGAGCAUCGCGCGCAGCAGCCGCGGCCCCGCAGCUCCACCCCCGGCCCGGUCCGGCCCGGCUCCGGGCCCACUCGCCCGCCGCCCCGCAUGGAGCUGUCAGCCAUAGGCGAGCAGGUGUUUGCGGUGGAGAGCAUCCGGAAGAAGCGCGUGCGGAAGGGCAAAGUUGAAUAUCUGGUGAAGUGGAAAGGAUGGCCCCCCAAGUACAGCACAUGGGAGCCAGAGGAGCACAUCCUGGACCCCCGCCUGGUCAUGGCCUACGAGGAGAAGGAGGAGAGAGACCGAGCAUCAGGGUAUAGGAAGAGAGGUCCGAAACCCAAGCGGCUUCUGCAGCAGCUGUACAGCAUGGAUUUGCGGAGCUCCCACAAAGCCAAGGAAGGCAGUGGGAGCCCUGAGGGGGUGGUCAAGGCGGGGGCAGCUGAGCUGGUGGAGAAGGGGCCCUUGGUGCCCACCCUGCCCUUCCCACUCUGCAAGCCACGUAAAGCCCACAAGUACCUGCGACUCUCACGCAAGAAGUUCCCGCCACGUGGGCCCCACCUGGAGAGUCACAGCCAUCGACAGGAGCUUUCCCCGCAGGAGUCAGCAGCCCCAGAUGUCCUGCAGGCCGCUGGAGACUGGGAGCCUGUGGAGCAGCCCCCCGAGGAGGAGGCAGAAGCAGACCUAGCUAAUGGUCCGCCUCCUUGGACACCCACGCUCCCUUCAAGUGAAGUUACUGUGACCGACAUCACCGCCAACUCCGUCACUGUCACCUUCCGCGAGGCUCAAGCCGCUGAGGGCUUCUUCCGAGACCGCAGUGGGAAGCUGUGAAUAGCGGCUUCCCUCUUAAACUGUGUUUCUUGGGGCUUGGGUGAGGAAUUCCAGAGACAGGAGGGGCUGGGAGCAGGGUAAAUAUUUUACCUUUUAAAAGAGCAGAAGCAUGGGGAAGACCCCGCCACCCCACCCUUGCUCCAUGAGGGUGGUGUACAAAGAGGCCUCUGGGACAGGGUGGGAAGGCCAGUGUUCGGGCCUCACCUCCAGGGCAGGUGGGAACAGGCUACCCUGCCCAGUACGCCCCUGUCAUUAUCUUUCAGAGGCUGAUCCGUGGAGUCGCAGGAGCCCAGGAGGUCCAGACCUUGCCUCAAGUAGUCACCCCAGCUUUCGGGUGGCGUCCCUCCCUGUUCCUUGACGUGGGUCUUUAUUAUGAACUUUCCACUCCAGCUUUUGGUGGGACAUGGAGGCUGGCCUUGGCCACCAGGGACAAGAUCAGGACAACGGGCAUGGGCUGGGCCAGGGAAGAGGCUGCCCACCAGGCCUCCUCUGAGCACACUGCCUCCCUGUCAUUGGCCCGUGAACACAUCCGGCUACCCCAACGUGCACACGCCGAGUGUGUGUUCACACUGGCACCGUGUCUCUAGACCUGUCCACACGGACCUUGCAUACCUUUAGAACCUAACCAUGAACAUGGCGUCAUUCACAGCACAAAUGAACUUGCUGCGGCACCCUUUCCACCUUGCACACAUGUCAUGUGACAGGAUCGACAGGAUCGGUCCCUGUUGGUUCGCAGCUGUCAUCUCUGAGCCACACAUAGCACCAGGCUUUGGUGUGCAAGGUGUAGAUGCUUCCACACAGGCUCACAGACAUCUGGCCCACCCUCCCUCCCGCAGGAGUUCACGUUCUUUCUGACUCAGGUGACUUCCCAGCCCCACCCCUCCUUCUCUAUCCUCUCCUGCAGCUCAGCCGAUCUGGGCACCCAUGGGUGCCAGUGGUGUGUGGGCAGUCCCACCACUUUCUCAGGGCAGUCCUUGUCUUCUGUGUCCCCUCCCCACCCCAUACCUUGUGGGGAUCGAACUAUGAUACAUGAGUCAGGUUGCACACAGGCGUGGUCCUGGUAGGGGGGGCGCUCUACUAGUUUGCACAGGCACCCUAUAGGAGGACACCCUCCUCCCUGAGAAGGGACCUUCCUUUGUCAAGGGCACAGCGCUCUCACCCCCUGCUACCAUACGAACCGAUGUGGCUGGGCCCUGGUGGCUACCAAGUCUCCUGUGUCUUUAGGAGGCCAGCAGAGUCAGUAUGAACAAGGGCAGGAUGACUUCUAGACACUCCCAUUCCCAAACCAAAGAUCCUGCACCUUGUGUCUGUCUGAGAUUCGCUCCUCUACCUUCUCUAGUCCCUGGGCUCUCCCUUAGUUCCCAGUUAUCCAGGGUUAACUCAGUGCUUCCAUUGGAGCAGUCUUCUGUGGGGGACCUGCCUGGGACCUGACUCUAGAAGAUGUGUGGGUGGGCCAGGGAGAGGAGGGACAGGAGCCUCAGUCAGUGGGCUGCAGGGGCCUGAGGUGGGGAGACUUGGUGUUCUUGAAGCCCAGCUCCUGGAGAGGGAGGGUGAGGGUGGAUGACUGAAGCUUUUCUUUGCUGCUGGGUUUGAUGGCCCACAGUACUGGAGACAGAGUCCGCUGAUGUCGUGCUCCCCACUCCUAGGGCUGUGAGAGCCCAGGAGCCUGCAGUUUGCAUCAGGAGGCUCCAGGGGGCUUUCCAGGCAGCUGUCUUCUGCCUUCAGCAGUAGGCGAUGUCCUUUUCUCUCACGGGACCCUUGAUGAAACCCACCAGUUCCUGGAGAUUGUGGCCUAGGCUGGGUAUCCCUCAGGGGGAUCCCUCAGUUCUGGACUGCUGGGAACUGGCCACCUAGGGAGAGUGGCUGAAGGCUUCAAGUGGCUGCAGGGCUUCCCCCAGCCUGAAGCCACCCAAGUGGACAGUAGAACCCAUACACUAACCCCAUACAGGGCCAGUACUCAAGCAAGGAGUGGUGGCCAGCUGCCUGUCUUUCCCCUGGCCCCACCCAUUUGAAUGUAGAGAUUGGGUUGUACUUUCCCUCACUGAGUUGGGGUGAAGAUGUGCCCCAGCCUCUGGUGUGGACGCUUGCUGUGCCACAGUUGAGCCCGUGUGGGCUGUGUGGUUCUCGGCUGGUAAGAUGGUGAUCUCAUUGCCAAGUUCCUUCCACCUCCUGCCUACUGAGGAAGGAGCUCAGUGUCGGCGGCGAGGUGGUAUUGAUUUUGCUUUAUAAAUGGCGGACCAGACCUGGCCGCCAGGUCUCAGCACAAGACCGCUUCCUUUGCACAGAAUGAGCUGCGAGCUUUGUUCAGACUACCUGAAUGUAUUGGGAGGAGUUGGGCAUAGGCCUCCCCUGGGGCGUGUGUGCUGGGAAGAGUCAGCAGGUGUAGACUGCAGUUUUAUUUUUGUACUGAUAUUGGUAAGACUGUAUAGCAUCUAUUUAUUUAGAUGAUUUAUCUGGUAGAUGAGGCAAAAAUUAUUAAAAAAAAUACAUUAAAAUGACUUUGAAAACUU